ACUUUCAGGGGCAAACGUCGGUGAGCGACAUAUCAACACCGCCGCUAUAGACUCAACACCUUGUGAACUACAUAAUUUGUUAUUGUAUACAUCAUUUAAAUUACCUAAAUUCGUCGUUGUUGUCAUAUCUAUCCAUUUGCGCUAUGCCCUUUGUGGUUAGACGAGCUGUUGCCUGUUGUCGUCCAAUAAUAGCGUGCUAUCUUAAAAUUAACGUUAGCUGCACAAUCUGAAGGAAUAUGUUUGUUCCAAGAUCACUGAAGGUAAAGAAAACCUCAGACAGUCCUCAAGUAGCGAAGAAGUGCAAAGUGAGUGUGGAGGAAGUCAAGGGAACACCAGACCCCAGCUGUUCCGUGACAGAAACAGCUAAUGGGAUCGCAGGAACCAUACAAAAGCAGGAGCCAGUCGAAACAAUAGCAAACAGUGUCACAGACAGCAUUGCUAAGAGCGACAGCCUUUGCAGUGAACCCGACCCGCCCGACGACGAAUCGGUGGGAAAAGACAGCGAAUAUGAGGAGCCCGUGAAGUCUUUCAAAAAGAGUCAGAGAUGGCCAGAACCGGGAGAGCCCGUUUGUGUCAUGUGUGGACGAUAUGGUGAAUACAUUUGCGACAGCACCGACAAUGACGUGUGCAGUCUAGAGUGCAAGGCGAGUCACUUGGCAUGUAUGGGAAAAGGUCUAUUGGCAGAUAUUCUGAGUCGCAGUCAAACAACGGUGGACACAUCAUCUCAGCCACCUUGCUCAGCUCUGGACACUGCAGUGGACGAACAGGAGCAGGACUAUUCAUAUAGACAGGAGGACUUCAUUUCUUCCUUGACAGAGGAACAAGUGCAGCGAGUUAAACGAGAGUUAGGUAUUGUGACAGAUGGCCAAGAUGUGUCCAGACCCAUUAUUGAGUUUGAGCAUUGUCGUUUCCCCCCAGUCCUCAGCAAGAAUCUUAGCAAGGCUGGAUAUGAGGCACCCACCCCCAUCCAAAUGCAGAUGAUCCCUGUCGCACUCAGCAGCCGGGAUGUGGUUGCCAGUGCCGACACAGGCUCAGGGAAGACAAUGGCUUUUCUUCUGCCAGUGAUUAUUCGGGCCUUGCAGAGACAAACCCGACGAGCUCCUUCCAGUCCGACAGGCCUCAUUCUCACCCCGACGAGGGAGCUGGCCAUCCAGAUCGAGAGGCAGGCCAAGGAGCUGGUCAUGGGGCUGCCCAACAUGCGGACGGCCCUGCUGGUGGGAGGCAUGCCAAUGCCCCCUCAGCUCCACAGGCUCAAGCAAAGCAUCAAGAUAAUUAUAGCGACCCCUGGGAGACUCCUUGAAAUCUUAAAACAGAAGGCCGUGCAGCUCGAUGGAGUGAAAACGAUAGUUGUGGAUGAGGCAGAUACCAUGCUAAAGAUGGGCUUUCAGCAGCAAGUCCUUGAUAUCCUGGAGGAAGUUCCAAAAGACAGGCAAACUUUGCUGACAUCUGCCACUAUUCCCAUAGCAACUGAGCAGUUAGCAGAACGUCUAACGCAAGAUCCUGUCCGUAUAACCAUUGGAGAGAAGAACCAACCGUGUGCCGAUGUCCGGCAGAUAGUUCUCUGGGUCGAAGAGCCAUCAAAGAAGAAGAAACUGUUCGAAAUUCUGAAUGACAGGAAGCUUUACCAGCCGCCUGUGGUGGUAUUUGUGGACUGUAAGCUCGGGGCCGACCUGCUCUGUGAGGCUGUGCAGAAGGUGAUGGGUCUUAAAACGGUGGCCAUUCACUCUGACAAAACCCAGCAUGAACGCAACAGGAUUCUGAAGGGCCUGCUUGAUGGAGACUUUGAAGUGGUCGUCAGCACUGGAGUUUUGGGCAGAGGCCUAGACUUGGUUAAUGUCAAGCUAGUAGUGAACUUCGACAUGCCUUCCAACAUGGAUGAAUAUGUUCAUCAGAUUGGCAGAGCUGGAAGACUGGGUCAUAGAGGCACUUCCAUAACAUUCCUCAACAACAGCCACAAGCGACUGUUUCUUCAGAUUACAAAUCGAGUGAAGCCCACAGGUUCCCAGUUACCACCUCAGCUGCUCAACUCCCCAUAUCUGCAUGAGCAGCAGCGGAGGGAGAAGCAGAAGAGAAAGGAGGACACUGUUGUCACCAAGGAGAACCUGCUUGAUAUUAUUAGAAGACAUGACAGAAGUUCUGUUAGGAAAUAGUCAGUGGUCUAAUUUCUGGCCUAUUAAAUAAUUUUGUAUAGUUGUGUUUUCAGAGAUAAUAAAACUAAACGAUUUUUUUU